AUGAAUGUUAUAUGUGGCGGUGAAUCUCACGUUCGGGCAUCUUUCUCUUUUUGGUGGCGUGAUAUUUCAAAGGUCAGUUUCCUUCCUUCUUCUCCUUCUUCUCCUUCUACUUCUCCCUCAUCUACAUCUUCUCUGGAUCCUUUGAUUUCUAAUUGUUGUUUUAAAGUGGGAAAUGGUUUCAACACACCGGUUUGGGAGGUUCGUUGGUUAAACAAUUAUGUUUUGAUGGAGAGUUUUCCGAAUCUUUUUUUGGCUUCUUCUUUGAGAAAAGUUUCGGUGGCGGCCAUGGGUGGUUGGUGUGAAGGGAUUUGGAAGUGGAUUGAUUUAGGCAUUUCGGGGACGGUGGUUCAUGAGUCGGGUAUUUUCUUGGAGUACACAGUUUUACGGGAUCUCUUGGAGUCUUUUAGGGGGUUACAAGAAGGGAAGGAUUGUGUAGAGUGGUCUCUUGAUGCGGAGAAGGGAUUUACGGUGUCGUCGUGUUAUUCCCGUUAUGCUCAAGUGUGCAUUCCCUUUGGCCCUUAUAAUAGGUGUGAUGAUGCUUUGGAGUUGAUUUGGAAGAUGAAGGUUCCUUUUAGGAUUAAAAGCUUCGGUUGGAGACUUUUUGUGAAUAGGCUCCCCACAAAAGAUCAGUUGGUGUAUAGAGGUAUUAACAUAACUUCUUCUAAUUUAAAAUGUGUUUUUUGUGAUAUGCAUUUGGAAGAUAGGGAUCAUAUUUUCUUCAAAUGCAAUAUGAUUAAAUUUGUUUGGAAAGAAAUUGCCAAGAGGGUGGAUUUUCCGGGUUGGAACAUGGAAGAAUGUAUCCCGUUUUUUAUGGAAUGGCAUUCGAUGGGUCGUGUUAAAAGAAUUAAAGAAGGCAAAUUCAGGGUGUUUUGGUUAGCCACUUCUUGGAUUAUUUGGUUGACAAGAAAUGGUUUUUGCUUUAGGAAUGAGGUUUGGAAUGUUAAUAACAUGAUUUGGAAUAUCAAAUUUUUUGAUAUGGAGAUAGUCAUCUUUUGGCGAUAUUGCUCAUUCCAAUUGUAG